GUGUGUGUGUGUGUGUGUGUGUGUGUGUGUGUGUGUGUUACAACAUGCUCUUUCCAAAGGGCUGAGAGGUGGAUGGGAAUGUUUGCUUAGCUCGCCUGAGAAGAGAAAAGAUUCCUCGACCUCCUCUUGCUGCUUCUUUAGAAUAAUUUGGAUGGGAUUUGUGAUGCUGAAAGCUUAAAGAAAAAAAGGAUAACCAUUCUUUGUGGUGGAAAGUUUAGGGGGAAAAAACACUGCUUUCUUCAAACAAGGGUGCCAUUUUGAUAUUUAUGGGAAUUGUUGUUCUCACUAUGAAGGCAUCUGUUAUUGAAGUGUUACUUGUUUUGCUGGUAACUGGAAUACAUUCAAAUAAAGAAACGGCAAAGAAGAUUAAAAGGCCUAAACUCACUGUGCCUCAGAUCAACUGUGAUGUCAAAGCUGGAAAGAUCAUCAAUCCUGAGUUCAUGGUGAAAUGUCCAGCGGGUUGCCAAGAUCCCAAAUACCAUGUUUACGGCACUGGCGUCUACGCGUCUUACUCCAGUGUGUGUGGCGCUGCGGUUCACAGCGGUGUGCUGGAUAAUUCAGGAGGGAAAAUACUUGUUCGGAAAGUUGCUGGGCAGUCCGGUUACAAAGGAAGCUACUCAAACGGGGUUCAGUCUUUAUCCUUACCCAGAUGGAGAGAGUCCUUCAUUAUCUCAGAAAGUAAGCCCCAAAAGGGUGUAACCUACCCAUCGACCCUUACAUAUUCAUCAUCCAAAACUGCAGCUGCUAAAGCAGGUGAGACCACAAAAGCCUAUGAGAAGCCAUCUAUUCCAGGGACAACCAUACAGCCUGUCACCCUGACACAGGCUCUAGCUACCCAAGUAGCUGAGGCCACCCACAGAGCCACCUCAAAGCCUUUUGCAGCAUCUGUCACCAGCAGCUCCAGACCCCAACCUGUGGGCCACAGGAGUCAGGAGAUGGAAGAGAUGGACUCGUGGAAGCCUGGACCAGUCCUUUUAGAUUCAGGAUUUGUGCCAAGAGAAGAAGUCAGCACACAGUCUUCAGAGCCAGUGUCACAGGGAGAUCCAAACUGCAAAAUUGACUUGACAUUCUUAAUUGAUGGGAGCACCAGCAUUGGCAAGCGCCGCUUCAGGAUCCAGAAACAGUUCCUAGUGGACGUCGUCCAGGCUCUUGACAUUGGCCCUGCCGGUCCCCUCAUGGGUGUUGUUCAGUAUGGAGACAACCCUGCUACCCAGUUUAACCUCAAAACUCACAUGAAUCCUCACGAUCUGAAGGCAGCUAUAGAGAAAAUUACCCAGAGAGGAGGCCUUUCUAAUGUAGGCCGCGCCAUCUCCUUUGUAACCAAGAACUUCUUUUCCAAAGCAAAUGGAAACAGGGGUAGUGCUCCCAAUGUGGCGGUGGUCAUGGUGGAUGGCUGGCCCACAGACAAAGUGGAAGAGGUGUCACGAGUUGCAAGAGAGUCGGGGAUUAACGUCUUUUUCAUCACUGUCGAAGGGGCUGCUGAAAGGGAGAAGCAGCAUGUGGUGGAGCCCAGUUUUGCCAGCAAGGCAGUGUGCAGAACAAAUGGCUUCUACUCCUUCAACGUGCAGAGCUGGCUCAGCCUUCACAAGACCGUGCAGCCCCUGGUGAAGCGAGUCUGUGACACGGACCGCCUAGCCUGCAGCAAGACCUGUUUAAACUCUGCCGACAUAGGCUUUGUCAUUGAUGGGUCAAGCAGCGUGGGGACAAGCAACUUCCGCACAGUUCUACAGUUCGUGGCCAACCUCAGCAGGGAGUUUGAGAUUUCAGACACCGACACACGCAUCGGGGCCGUGCAGUACACCUAUGAGCAGCGGCUGGAAUUUGGAUUUGACAAGUAUAACAGCAAAUCCGACGUCCUCAGUGCCAUCAGGAGGGUGGGGUACUGGAGCGGAGGCACCAGCACAGGGGCUGCCAUCCAGUAUGCCCUCGAACAGCUCUUCAAGAAGUCCAAACCGAACAAGAGGAAGGUAAUGAUCCUUAUCACUGACGGCAGGUCUUACGAUGAUGUGCGGAUCCCAGCCAUGGCUGCCUACCAGAAGGGGGUGAUCACAUAUGCAAUCGGCAUCGCGUGGGCUGCUCAGGACGAGCUGGAGGAAAUCGCCACUCACCCUGCCAAGGACCACUCCUUCUUUGUGGAUGAGUUUGACAACCUCUACAAACUUGUCCCCAGGAUCAUCCAGAAUAUUUGUACAGAGUUCAACUCACAGCCUCGCAACUGAGGCGGGAACACGAGAGGAUGCCAAAGGCUGCCUCAUUCACCCUUGGGACUAUCCUUAGCAUUGUUCCUAUUGCGGGGAAGGAGUGGACUGGGUGGGGGAGGGCUCUGAUAGAGCUUGGGAAAAUGCAUUCGGUGUUACUAUUCUUUGCCAUUGGUGGUGUAAAUGCUUCAAAACCUACCAGUUAAAAAGCUAUCAGCUCUUGAGUUGGGUUCAAAUACUGUACUGCUUUGUGUGUACUGAAGAAUUCACAUUUUGACAGUUGUUUUCAAAAUACAUAUCCAGAGGAGAGUACAGCUCUUAUGACGGGAAAGAACUGAGCAUUUAUGAGUUUGUUUACAUUUCUCAUUAGAACUCUGUAAUUGUCCAUAAGUUUCUUUUUAUUGUUUUCUCCCUUUUUUUUUCUUUUUUCUUUUUUGUCAUGAGAAUGUAGGAAUUGCUUAAAUAAAUGUUUCAAAGAAUUAUGAGGAC